AUGGCCCGUGGCUCUGGAACGCCUUGCAUAUCGUCUGCGGCAACCCACAUUGGUAACAACCACAAAACUUGGCCCAAUGCCCGCGAAUCUCCUUCCGUACUACUAUCAUCCACUGCCGUGCCUCCUGGUGCCCGGGCUCAUAACACUGGAAUAACUCGUGGUCGUGCCGUCUGCCGCCCUGCUGGCAUAAAAAGCACCGUUGUAACCACUGCCCCACCUGCUGUUCUAAAAACCUUUCUUGUGGCCCGAUCGGCUGCUGCACCUGCUGGAGUGAUAUCCGUGCUAUCUGCCGCUCUUGGUCCUGACGCUGGAACUCCUGGAUUGCCGUCUGCUGAAUACGUGCCCGCUGGGGACUACGCGCCUCGGGCUGGUCAAUGCCGCUCGUUUCCCUAUCUGGACCGUACUGGUGGUCCUCGAUGGGACCGAUCGGAACUGGGGGGGUGCCCGGCGCCCUGGACCGCUAACCUGGCCCUGGAACCCUUCCGAUUCAUCGUCCGGCUCACUGGUAAUCGGCUCACUGGUAAUCCGCCUGGCUAUUGA